UGGAAAAAUGUUGUUGUUUUUGUUUCAUUUUUUGUGUUUACAAAUAAUUUUCUCUUCAAUUUGUUAUUAAUUUUUUUUUAUUUAAAUUAAUUAAUCUUGUUAUCAGUGGUUUAAAUUAAAUUGACCAAUUGGUUAAACAUCAAUUAUGUCCAGUGUAAGUGAAGAUGCUUGGGCUUUACUUGCUCUCAAAAGUGCAUCAAGUCCUUCAAGUCCUUCCCGCUUGUACAACAAAAAUGGUCAUGAUACAGGUAAACCUAUCGCUAAAUUGGAGACACGUGAAUUUGAAUAUAUGAUACGACAAAAGCGAAUAAUUAUUGGUAGAAAUUCAAGUAACGGUGAUGUUGAUGUAAACAUGGGUAACAGUUCAUUCAUAUCCCGGCAACACAUUGAAAUCUAUUAUGAGGCACCCUAUUUCUUCAUGAUAUGUAAUGGUAAAAAUGGUGUAUUCGUUGAUGGUGUUUUCCAACGUAAAAGUGCACCUCCCUUGGCAUUACCUAAACAGUGUGUUCUACGUUUUCCUAGUACCAAUAUCAAGUUAAUUUUCCAAUCACUUAUCGACGAGAAAGGAAAUGAAAAUUCAAAUACCUCUAAUGGUAAUGGUUUCAAUGGUACCAACAGUAAUAAUAAUAAUAAUAAUACUAUUAACAUUAACAACAUCAACAACAACAACAAUAACAACAUUAAUAAUAAUAAUAUUAGUAUUAAUAUUAACACCGCUACAAAUAUCAAUACAACAACUAAAGAUUUAUUAAGUCUCAAAGUUAAUAUUGCUGAUCCAUCUGAGGCCGAUCUUAUAAGUCCUACACCUUCACCAACCGGCACCAUAAGUGCUGCUAAUUCUUGUCCCACAAGCCCUCGAGCUGGUUCACGUUAUCGUAACAGUGGAGUGACCAGUGACCUACAAGCAAUGGUUGAAUACGCUGCUGCUGCUGUGACCUCCGAGGAACACCGAGUUCAAGCAAAUAUGAUUGCAACCUCUGUAACAAAUGACACCAGUGUUAACAAAUCAUCAUCUUUAUCAAUUAACUCUAACCUAUCAACCUCACAGACUGUUAACCACUCUGACUAUUAUUCACAAUCAUCAUCAACUCUGAGUCAUUGUCAAGUUGCUGCAAAUGAAAGUGUUUCCAAUAGUCCAAGUGGUGUAGGAGGAGGCGGAGGUGGAUCAGGUGCCAUUGGGGAAAUAGAUGAAACUAAACCACCAUAUUCAUAUGCUCAGUUAAUUGUUCAAGCUAUUUCUAGUGCUUCAGAUAAACAGUUAACUCUUAGUGGUAUAUAUUCAUUCAUAACCAAAAACUAUCCCUAUUAUCGUACUGCUGAUAAAGGUUGGCAAAACUCAAUUCGACACAAUUUGUCAUUAAAUCGAUAUUUUGUUAAAGUGGCGCGAUCUCAAGAAGAGCCCGGGAAAGGUUCAUUCUGGAGGAUAGACCCUUCAUCGGAACCCAAGCUUGUCGAGCAAGCAUUCAAGAGACGGCGUCAACGGCCAAUAUCAUGUUUUCGAAAUCAAAUGAGCAGUUCAAGAUCGGCUCCAGCUUCACCCAAUCAUCUGGGUGGUGGCGGAGGCAAUGUUUCUGGUCUAGUUACCCCGGAAUCCUUAUCACGAGAGCCAAGUCCGUCACCUGAGAUGGGUGACAAUGAUGCAAAUCAAUUAAUGGGUCCUCCAACAGCGUCAUUCCUUACAGUGCCAAGUGAUUAUAAAAUGUCAAACAAAUCAGCUCCAGGAUCACCAGAAUCUCAUUGCAAUUUUCUCUCCCCUUCUUCGGCAGGUAUUACAAUUACAACAGAUUCAGGGGUGUUCACAAGCGCCGGCGGAACUCAAUUUCAAAAAAAAGAAAUGAUUUUCCCUGGAAAUAAUCGUAAUUCAUCACCAAGAGCCAUUGCAGUGGACAACAAUACCGUUAUUUUGCAGUCGACCUUGAAGUCUCCUCAUCAAAGUGUGAACGCUGGUCAACAUGGGUCAACAGUAAUCGUCUCAGCACCACAAGUAACUUCAGACGCUCAUCUGGUUGAUUUUGUUACUAGUGUUCCAGGAAGCAAUAGUUCAGUUAUCUCUCGAGUCUAUGGAUCAGAGGGAAAUGCUUUUGUUACCAACACAUCAACCGCCAUUUCAGAAGUAGUUACCACUUCAUCAACGGGAACCAAAAGACCUUAUGAUAUUCACCAUCAUCCACACCAUCAUAGUAACAGCGAUAAUCUUAUUAAUGCCAAGGAUGAUUAUGAUAAUCCUGAUGAUGAUGAAAUUGAUUCAAGUUUACAAAUUAAAAAAGCCAAAACCGAUGAAGAGUUAAUAUUAACAGAGGAAGUGUCUUCGGUCACUACUUCAACAACAAUAACACCAACAACGGUAUCACCCGAGAUAACAGCGGCCAUUAAUUCAAUAACAACGGAAGAAAUGACAGCAACAUCAAGUAUCUCAUCUUUAACUGGAGAAACUGAGACCGAAAUAGUAACAGUAUCAAUGACACCAAUAGUAACACCUAUACCAACACCAACAUCAAAUUCACCGGAACCAACACCAACACCAACACCUCCUCCAAUAACAACAGAAACUGAGACAAUUUCAACAACAAUAUCAACAUCACCAACACCAACAAUUGACGAAUCAAAUACUAAUAAUCCUGAUAAUAACAAUGAAACAACUAGUGUUUGAUCAUGACUUUAUUUUGUCUCUGAUCAUCUGUCAUCAUCUUCAUCAUCAUUACAACAAUUUAUCAGAAAAGUGAAAAAAGACAUUUAAUUAAUAACUACUUUGCCGAAUUCAACCCAAAUCCAAACAAAAUUUGAUGUCCAGGUGAAUUAAAGACAAACAAACCCGAUGAAAACCUCACUAGGAAUAAUCAGAGAUGCAAAGACAGAGAUUAUGGUUCAACCUGAUUAACACCAAAAUCAAUUUGAAAGACAACAAAUGCUAAUUGAAUCACUAUAUUUAUCCAUCUCCUCCAUUGACCUCUACAAAGAAAACCCAUUCUCACCCUUCAUCAUUUACAUAUUCAUAUAAUACACAAAUUUCUUAUCCUCUCCUGUCUUUCUCCCUCUCGUCCUCUCUCUCUCUCUCCUCUUUCUCUCUCGUUUAUUUAGUGUAAAUCUCUCGUUAUCUCCUUCGUACUCUUUGAUACAACAAAAGUCAAAUUAUCGAUGAGAAUCCAACGGGACAAGUUAUAAAUAAGAUUCUAUAAGAUAGUCGCAAGGAUGAGUCAGCCUAAAACUCGUCUAAUGUUUUUUUCUGCUCCCAAAAUAUAAAUACUUCAAAUCAUAACUGGAGAGCUGGUUAACAAGGAGGUAGUAAUUGAGGAUAAACAGACAAACCGAAUGAGAGAGAAAAAUUGAGAGAGAUAGAGAGAGAGAAAGAGAGAGAGCAAGAAAACCAUGAAAAGAGAGGGUUUUUCAUGAACAUUGUAAACAACAUCAUUAUGAUCUACUGUUGACUUUUUUUCUUUUCUCUUCCUUCUUCGGUGUAAAAUAUUAUAAAACUAACUCUAAAUAUUUCAACUCUCUCUCUCUCCCUCCCUCUCUCAGACACUCUCCCUCAAUCCUAAGGAAAAUAUUACAUGAUAAAUGUUUUGUUGUUUCGAGAAAGACAGAAAUAUAUGUUAAAUUAACCACAAUGGAAAAGAUGAUCUUCGUUAGAUUAUAUUUUCUUCUUUGCUUUUUUCUUCGAAGUUCAAUUUCCCCUUCGACAUGAUGCUAAACCUUAAUCACCUUUAUCAUCAUUUAUUUUUCAUCUUCGUUCUGUGUUCUCUUUCCCUCCCUCCCUUUCUCUCUCUCUCUCUCUCUCUCUGUUUAUAAUAUUAACUGUUUGUAAACAAAAGCUUUUCCUCCUAUUUGUUUCCUUCUAUCCUCUUCCUAUCGGAUUAACUUCCACCUUUCAGCUAAUGAUUAGUGUUUUUUUUUGCUAAAUUAACCACGAAUACAUAUAAAUAUGUAUACACACACACACUAACAACAUUUAUACAUAUAUUCAUAAUCCACUCUCAGAGGUACAACAAAUGAAAAAAUUAUGUAAGCUUGUUAGUACAUAUGAUUAAUAUCUAAUUAAUUAAUUGUAUAGAAUCAAAAUGGUUAAACGUGUAUCCAUCAUCUUCAAUAAUAUCAUCUUUGACCAAACUGAAUUACAGAAACAUCUUCAUCAACCAUCAUCAUCAUCAAAACAUCAAGUUCACAACAACAAUUAACAACACUUUUCUUUCCCCUGGAAUUUUGAUUAACCAUGACAAUUUACAUUCUAAUCUCUCUGAUGAUCAACUUUUGGCUUCUAUCCUUCAUCAAUCCUUAACUUUUUUUUCUCCUCAUCUUUUUGUUUAUCAUCCAUUUCCACCACCCACUUCCUCUUCUUCCUCAUUUCGUUCAACUUCCUGUCGCCACCUUAAGACUAGUCAGAAGUUUGUGUAAAAUAAUCAAUAAUCAAAAUCUCAACUUCCUUAAUUGUAAA